UCGGGUGUUGAUGUAAUAUUUAACUGUUCUUGUUUUAAAAGUAAAAAACCUAAAGCUGGAACAGAACAACAAGGUCAAUCACCUGUAAAACCAACAAUACUUGUUAGUGAACCAAGUAGUCCACAAGAAGCAAUGAAAUCUUUUGACGAAAGAACUACAACUGAUUAUUCAAUUUUACCUGAUGGUAAACGUAUUUAUAUUGAUGCUUUUCGAGAUCGACCUGGUCUUGAUAUGUCUUAUAAACCAAAUGAUUUUGAAACUCGAUUUGUUCUACCAAUUGUAAGACUAAUUCUCUUCAUAAAUUCUUAA